AUGGAGGAUCCAGACCAACGUAUGUCUUUUGCUUUUGGCUUUAAGUUUGUUCGUACUAACACAGCGAAUCGUUAUCUAGCUCAAAUUCCGCUCGUAAAGAAUCCAGCGUUUCAAACACCCAAACCAGUCACGUUGAAUGUCAAUUACACCAAAUUGAUUCCCACGUUAUUCCUGACUGUGAAGCCCCCAAAACUCAAUGUGGGCGUACAAGACAUAGAAAUGUGGAAACAAGAUGUCGACAACCUUAAUCAACGUUUGGAUAAGGAUAAUGAUGGCACUGAGACCGCAAAGUUCGAACUGUGGGUUCACCAACAAGCUACAAAGGUGGCACCCGGUCUAGGAGAGUCAUCGCAAGUAAUGCAACCAAGAGUAGCAUCGCCACCUUCUAAAUCAAAACUGGAAAUAGGUCUGUCUCAGAUCAAUGAAUUGGACCAGGUAUUCGGAGCUACGCAUCUCAAUUGA